UCGAACAUCAGCACAACAUGGCAUGGAGGGGAUGGGGGAGGAAAAGCUGUAUUUCCUCCUGUUGGAGUUAGUAAAAGGUAAAAAAAGCCCAGUUUAGAGCAAAGUGUCUCAAUUCAUUUUGUCACUGAUUGUAGCUAAGUAACUGUCUGAAAUACAAACUGACCAACUAAUUCACUAAGAAACUGACUAAUUUACUUACUAACUAAUCAGCUGACUUAAUAACUGAGUAACUCAGUAACUGGCUAACUGUCUAACUGACUGACUGACUGACUGACUGGGCAAAUUGGUUACUGGCUAACUGUUUAACUUACUGAAUUACUGAGUAACUGAGUGACUAGCUGAUUGUUUAACUGACUGGCUGAUGGAAUGACUGAUUGACAAACUGACAGAAUGACUGGUUGAUUGAACACCUUACCAAGUGUCUGACUAACUUCAAGCAAUAAACCAACUGGCUGACUGAGCUGAAAAAGGUACUGACUAGCUGACUGGCUACUCCUGACUGACAGACUGAUUAACUGACUGACAUAUCAACUGACUGAGUGACUGACUGAGUAAGGAGGGAAGGGUACUGUUAUCACAGCAGGAGUGCCUUUUGCUAGUAUAGUCAAGGGGUGGGUGAUAAUUUAUUAUAAUUGCCAAAGAGCCAUCCGAGAGAAGAUGCUCGGAUAGUGAGGCGGCAGCAGAAUAAAGCUGCGCAAGACUCGGCUGUAGGCAGAAAAAUUCUUGAUUGAGCUUCAAAAAGUGUAACCUCAUGUAAUGUAGAUUCCCCUGAGACCAAGUGGUGUGACAGUUUCAGCCAAUCAAAAGGCGGUAAACUAUACUUGGUGCAUAUGUGUUGUUUCCCCGGCAGCAUGCGAAGACUGAACUUGAAUGUGGUACGCUUUUAUUGUUUAUUCACUUAAAUCUGGCCUCGGCAGUCAAGGAAAAUGAAAACUUGAUGCAUUGUAUUAAUUUGGGGGCCAUUAGUGUAAGGUUUUAAUGAAGAGAAGCUUGUAAAAGUUUAAGCAAAGAAAAGUUUUCAUGUGAAACAAGCAAUUCUCACCACUAAAAAGGAUCAGAUUACACGAAGAGAUAAGGAAAGCUUGAUACGAAGAAUAAAGUCGCUUCUGUUGAAAAAUCUGAUGUUGGGGAAAAAAUCUGACCAGCAAAUGGAAAAAUAGGAAUAAAAAAGAAUUACAAGCCUAAAGCGAACGACAAAGGAUAAGAAAACAAUGCUAUUUUUUUUUAAACCUGGCCGACUUUAUAAUAAAGUGAAAACAAAAUACUGAUGUGCUGUACAUCGCAUGUCCUUGAAAACAUUUCAAGCAGCGCAGUGAAUCAUUCUAAAAUUCAAUCCGGAACUUGACAAAAAGCCUUGGGAAAUUUCAGAGAAAUGAUGAUUAAACUGCACAAAUAUUUAUCUACAAAGUGAAACCAAACCGACAAUAAUUUUGUAGUGGUAAGAGAAACGAUCAAACUAAGCAGGGGUCUGUAAAGUAAGGUUUGACUUGAAUGGGAAAUUAGACUAUUCUGAAAAUAACUGAUGAGCUUCAUUGUUUUCCAGAUCAGAUACCACAGAAAGACUGAACAAGGACUUUCAUGAGCCAAGAGCCUCUGGUAUCUUCAGUACUGUAAGUGCUGUACGCUUUGUGUUUUAA